AUGGUGCAUUUGGAGGUGGCCGUGCUGCUGGUAGCCCUCGUCGGGGUUUGUGUCUGGACUGAUGAUAUUGGGAAAGUUAUCUCGGAUCGUUAUGCUGUUUAUUGGAACAAGAGCAACCCCAGCUUCCAUCGGGGGGACUACACAGUGGAAGUGAGCAUCAACAACUACCUGGAUAUCUACUGCCCUCACUAUGAGGACCCCUUCCCGGCGGACAAGAUGGAGCGGUAUAUCCUCUACAUGGUCAAUUACGAGGGUCACGCUUCCUGCGACCACCGGCAGAAAGGCUUCAAGCGCUGGGAGUGCAACAAGCCCGACUCCCCCAACGGGCCCCUGAAGUUCUCAGAGAAGUUCCAGCUCUUCACUCCCUUCUCUCUAGGCUUUGAGUUCAGACCAGGGCACGAGUAUUACUACAUCUCUGCUUCUCCCCCUAACGUGGUGGACAGGCCCUGCUUAAAGCUGAAGGUUUAUGUUCGACCAACGAAUGACUCCCUGUACGAAUCUCCGGAGCCUAUUUUCACCAGCAAUAACUCCUGCUGCAGCCUCAGGGUCCCGCACUUCAUCCUCGUGGUGCCGGUGUUUUGGACUGUGCUCACUUCCUAG